CUUACCGCAUCGUACGCCGCCGACACAGCUUCUAGUCGCUGCCAAGUGCUAAGAUACGCUGCUGACACGAACGGUUUCUGCUUUCAUAAAGAGAUGGUGAACAUGAUGGAAUGGCAGAAGCAGCGUUGGCAACCCAACGGGAACGCGGAAAUGAUGUACGUCAAAGUUAUGACCGAUGAACAACUCGAAACUCUGCGCAAACAAAUUGCUGUUUACGCAACAAUUUGCGAACAACUCAUCGAGAUGCACAAAACCAUCUCUGCUCAUCAAGAUCUCGCAGGGAUUAGGCUAGGAAAUAUGUAUUGUGAUCCAUUGGUGGCGUCUGCUGGCCAUAAAUUAACUUCGAGGCAGCGGUGGACGCCGACGGCGGUGCAGCUUCAGAUUCUGGAAAGGAUAUUUGAUCAGGGGACUGGGACUCCCAGCAAGGAGAAGAUCAAGGAGAUAACUGCUGAACUCAGCCAGCAUGGCCAAAUUUCUGAGACUAAUGUUUAUAAUUGGUUCCAGAACAGGCGUGCUCGCUCCAAGAGAAAGCAGCAGAAUGUGGCAUCCAGUGUUCAUACUGAAUCAGAAAUGGAGGCUGAGGUUGAUUCCAAGGAUAAGAAGACGAAACCGGACGAAUUUCAGUCCCGGCCUAGUGUUACUAUGGGGCCUGCUGAUAAUUUGUGCUUCCAGAAUCCUAAUGAUUUGCAGUACUUGAAUCCAGAGUCUAAUAAACCAGAUUCUGUAUUCUCAUCUGAUGGUAGUCUAAGAUCCACUCAUGUGCCUGCUUUUGAUGGGAUGCUAUCAAACUCAAGGAGUGACUAUCUUACCGGAAAAAUGGAAGCACCUGAGAGCUACAACUUAUACCAGCCAGCAGGCGACUACAACAUGGCAGGUUGAUAUUCAAUGUAAUUUCUGACGAUUGUGAUUAGCUGUAAAGUGCUGGUAGUGUGGUUUUGGGCUUGUGUUGAUGAGAAACAAAUUGCACCAAUCAAAAUGUGGGAACUUAUAAAUAUAAAUAUAGUGAUCUUGAUAACUGGACAUUUUACUCGAUAGUUGAAUAUAAUUGUGACUCCGUAUUGUGAAGUUGGCUUAUUUGGUUACCGAUGUAUAAACAUCUUUUACCAUUGGUUUUGGCUUUGGUAUUUUGUUGGAAGAGACAGGGUAAUAAUACUUUGUGGCUGUGGCUUUCUU